AUCAGCAUCGUUUACUCUGUAGUGUGGAUUAACUUGUUUGGUUAUGUUGCUCAAUAUCACCGCUUGAAAUUGUGCUCCAGUUAACGAUGGGAUCAUUUCGUUUGUGGAUUAAAUACCCUUAAGCUCAACAAAGCUAUAGAUUAGCAAGGAUGCCAAGUUCUUUUAAUCAAGCAAUCGUUUUCUUCGUCAACGGAAAAAAGGUUGUGGAGCAAAACGCACAGCCAGAAAUGUCGUUGUUGCAGUAUCUUCGAAAUCAUUUGGGUUUAAAAGGAACUAAACUUGGAUGCAGCGAGGGUGGCUGCGGUGCUUGUACAGUCAUGAUCUCUAGAUACGACCAUGAAAUGAAAAAGAUCAAGUAUUCCUCUGCAAAUGGCUGUUUGAUGCCAUUGUGUGCAGUUGAUGGAAUGGCUGUAACCACAGUGGAAGGUAUCGGAAGCACCAAAACUGUCUUGCAUCCUGUACAGGAACGGAUCGCAAAUUCUCAUGGAUCGCAGUGUGGAUUUUGUACUCCAGGGAUUGUUAUGUCCAUGUACACACUAUUGAGGAACAACCCUUUGCCAUCGUGUAAAGAAAUGGAGAGUGCAUUUGAAGGUAACUUAUGUCGUUGCACUGGCUACAGACCAAUUUUGGAGGGUUUUAAAACGUUCACAAAGGAAUGUUGCGGCAAAGGUAGAAACGGAUGUUGCCUUGACAUUACUUCAAAUGUGAUCAGCAUUGAUCAAACGGAAGAAAAGGUUGAUAAUGAGUCUAGCAGUGGACUUUUUAAACCUGGGGAGUUUACACCAUAUGACCCAACGCAGGACGCAAUCUUUCCGCCAGAGCUGAUGCUUCCAGACGCUAACAAGCCAAGACUUUUACACAUUAGAGGAGACCUUGUUACUUGGAUCAGACCAACAACUUUGGAAGAAUUAUUGGAACUUAAAGCGAAAUAUCCGCAAGCUAAACUUGUGAUUGGUAAUACGGAAAUAGAAUACAAGACCAGAUGGUUUACAGCAAUACUUCACAUGCUCAAGUGGUUUGCUGGUCAUCAGAUAAGAAAUGUUGGGGCUAUUGGUGGAAAUAUUAUGACCGCUAGUCCGAUAUCAGACCUAAAUCCAGUACUAAUGGCGGCAAGAUGUACUUUGACAUUGGCCAAUGCAGGAGGGAAAACGAGGUCGGUCAAAUUGGAUGAGAAUUUCUUCACUGGAUACAGAAAAACCAUUUUAGGUAUUAACGAGGUUUUGGUCAACGUUCUGAUUCCAUUUUCACAGGAGUUCGAACACAUAUUUGCUUUCAAACAAGCGCGCAGGCGAGAGGACGACAUUGCCAUAGUUAAUACAGCUCUAAGAGUGCGACUUGAAAAGCAAACAAACUCAAGUUCAUGGCAAAUCAAGGAUUGCUGUUUCACUUUCGGAGGAAUGGCUCCCACGACAGUAAUGGCCUUGAAAACCAUGAAGAGCUUAACUGGCAGAACUUGGAAAGAGAACAUAGUACAAGAAGCUUGUAAGCUGUUAGCAGAAGAUCUGCCUCUUGCACCCGGAGCACCCGGUGGCCAGGUGGAGUACAGGAGAUCGCUCUCCUCAAGCUUCUUCUUCAAGUUCUAUCUGAUUGUCUCUCAACAGCUUAGUCAUAAAGAGGUGCCCGAUGAUCACUUCGAGGAGGAUAUGGUUGGCAGGCCUGUGCCUCACUUGGCAGCUGCCAAACAAGCCACAGGAGAGGCAAUUUACUGCGAUGACAUUCCCAAAUAUGCAGGAGAACUGUACUUGGGGAUUGUUUGGAGCACUCGUGCGCAUGCCAAUAUUGUUUCUGUGGACCCAGGAGAGGCGUUAAGUCUCCCAGGGGUGAAAGGGUACAUCAGCGCAGAAGACGUCCCUGGAGAUAACGUGACCGGAUAUGCUGCAGAUGACGAGGAGAUUUUUGCAACAGAGAAGGUGUCUUGCGUCGGUCAAGUCAUAGGGGCAAUAGCUGCUGAAACUCAGGCCCAGGCCCAAAGAGCAGCUAAGAUGGUGAAAGUAACAUACGAAGACUUGCCAAAAAUACUGACCAUUGAGGAAGCUAUAGCCGCAGAUUCAUUCUACGAUUGCCAGCUGAGCUUUGAGAAAGGAGAUCUGGAAACUGGAUUUGCUGAAUCUCAACAUCUGUUAGAGGGAGAGAUGAGAUUUGGAGGACAGGAACACUUCUAUCUCGAGACUCAAGUUACGAUCGCUGUUCCAAAGGGAGAAGAUGGCGAGAUGGAACUAUUUGUUUCUACUCAAAAUCCUACAUUGACACAGAAACUUGCUGCAAGAGCUCUCGGAGUUCCGCAUAACAGGGUUGUUGUACGAACAAAACGACUUGGCGGUGGCUUUGGUGGCAAAGAUUCACGGAAUUGUUUCCUGACAAACGCAGUCGCAGUAGCUGCUGCAAGAACCGGUAGACCUGUAAGGUGCAUGCUUGAUCGAGAUGAAGACAUGAAGAGCACUGGAAUGCGGCAUCCUUUCUUAGCAAAGUACAAGGUGGGUUUUACAUUCGAUGGAAAGAUAAAGGCGUAUGACAUCAAUUUGUACAGCAAUGCUGGAAACACGUUGGAUGUUUCUAAUAAGGUGAUGGAAAGAUCCAUGUUCCAUAUGGCAAACUGUUACCUCAUUCCAAACAUUCGUGGAGUUGGCCGCCUGUGUAAAACAAACAUCGCAUCAGCCACAGGGUUCAGGGGAUUUGGUGUUCCACAGAGUAUGUUAUUUUGUGAGUCAUUGAUCUCCGACAUUGCCUCCAUCUGUGGCAUUUCGCAAAGACAGGUGCGGGAGCUAAAUUUUUACGCAGAAGGAGAUCUAACUCACGUUAACCAAAAACUCACGAAUUGCCAGCUUCAGCGAGUUUGGAAUGAACUGGUAGAGAAAUGCGAAUACGAGAAACGUAGAAAGCUUGUCCAUUCCUUUAACAGGGAAAAUCGAUGGAGGAAACGUGGAAUUUCGCCGAUACCCACUAUGCUUGGCAUAGGAGUUACUUUACGCGCCAAAAAUCAGGCUGGAGCUCUGGUGCAUGUUUAUACAGAUGGAUCAGUUCUUUUAACUCAUGGCGGAACAGAAAUGGGCCAAGGACUGCACACAAAAAUGGUGCAGGUAGCGGCCAGAUGUUUAAGUAUUCCUGUAUCCAAGAUCAUAAUAAGUGAAACAAGCACAAACACAGUUCCUAAUUCUACCCAGACAGCAGGUUCUGCCUCCUCUGAUCUCAACGGCAUGGCAGUUAAAAAUGCUUGCGACAAAAUACUGAACAGACUUAAGCCAUAUCAGAUGGAGGAUCCCAAGGGAAAGUGGGAGGACUGGGUAAAAGCGGCCUACUUUGACCGCGUGAACCUCUCUGCAAAUGGAUUUUACAAAGUGCCUGACCUUAAUUACGAUUGGAACACUAAUUCGGGACGUUUGUACAAUUAUUACGCGUAUGGCGCAGCCUGUUCUGAAGUGGAAAUCGAUUGUCUGACAGGAGAUCAUCAAGUUCUUCGCACAGACAUUGUGAUGGAUGUUGGUACCAGUCUUAACCCGGCUAUCGACAUUGGCCAGAUCGAAGGCGCUUUUGUUCAAGGACUCGGCAUGCUUACAUUAGAGGAAGUGCGAUGCUCUCAGAAUGGCGCCUUAUGGACGACAGGGCCUGGGACGUACAAGAUUCCUGGAUUCGCAGACAUACCAGUGGAGUUCAAUGUCCAUCUUCUUCGGAAAGCUCCAAACGAUAAAGCCAUCUAUUCUUCAAAGGGCGUUGGAGAACCCUCUUUGUUUCUUGCUGCUUCUGUAUUCUUCGCCAUUAAAGAGGCCAUCACCGACGCCAGACGUGAAUCGGGUAUCGAAGGGAUCUUCAGACUGGACAGUCCUGCCACCAGUGAGCGAAUCAGAAUGGCUUGUGUUGACCAGUUUACACAACAGGUGAUAAAGACACGACUGCAUGCAUGUUUUCUUCACCCGAUUCGCCUUUAA